AAUACCCAAUUUUUAUUUUUAAUUCUUAUGAAAAAGAGUUGAAGUCGUUCUUUCUAUCUUCCUUUGGCAGGCAGGCGAUCUCGUCUUUUCAUCCACUGGAUUGGACUGGAUCUGAAAUUGAAACAGAAGAAGAAAGUUCCUUUCCUUCUUUUGAUCAUAUUGUAUCUUUCUACUUAGUUAUACGAAGUGGUAAUUUCCUGCAAAGCAAUUGAAGAAUUCUAUUUCCCGAUCCUUCCUUCGGUACAUCCAGAGGUAUUGCUUCAAGCGCCACAGUCGGCUGCAGGAACCUAAUUCCCUACCAACUCAAUUGCUUUCCUUAGAUGAAGCAAACUUCUCAUGUACUCGCACUUUCUCUGCAAGUAUGGUGUUAGGAAGAAUAUCGGAUCUAGUUUCUGCUGCAACAAGUCGUCUUUCACCUGCAAAGUCUUCUGCUUUUCCUUAUAUGCCAACUGGAUUGUCACCUCCACAUGAAACCAUUGAUCAUGGCUUCACCUUUUCCAACUCUGCACCCAAGAACAACAACAUGCGGCUUUCUUCAUCUCUCCAAGAUUUCUCAUCAUAUCAUCAUCUUGAUCUUGAACAAGGUGAUAUCAACCUUGGCGUUGGCAGGAAACCUCAUUCCCUGCAGAGAGAAAAUGCCGGGUCAAGUUUCUCUAAGGAGAAAGCAUUGCCUUGUGGAACACCAGUUUUGCGGAGGAAGGGGCUGCAACUGCUCUUGAUUUUCUUGUGCCUACUACUCAUUGCUUUUUUAACCUAUCUGGUUACAGCAUAUGUUUAUUCUUAUUGGUCUCAAGGAGCAUCCAGGUUCUAUGUUGUUCUUGACUGUGGAAGUACUGGAACUAGAGUCUAUGUAUAUCAGGCAACGAUUGAUCACAACUCAGAUGGUCUCCCAAUUGUUCUGAAAUCAUACACAGAGGGUGUUUCAAGAAAGCCCAGUGGACGUGCAUAUGAUAGAAUGGAGACCGAGCCUGGGCUUCACACAUUGGUACAUAAUACGUCUGGCUUAAAGGCUGCCAUAAACCCGCUUGUUCGAUGGGCUGAGAAGCAAAUUCCCCAGCAGGCGCAUAAGACCACCUCCCUUUUUCUUUAUGCUACAGCCGGAGUUCGUAGACUUCCCAGUGCAGAUUCAAAAUGGCUUCUAGACAAGUCAUGGUCUAUUCUGAAGGAAUCACCUUUCUUGUGCCAGAGAGAAUGGAUUAAGAUCAUCAGUGGCAUGGAGGAAGCUUACUAUGGAUGGAUAGCCCUUAACCAUCGCACAGGUGUGCUAGGGGCAAGCCCCAAGAAAGCAACAUUUGGAGCACUUGACAUGGGUGGCUCAUCGUUACAAGUUACUUUUGAGAGUGAGGAGCAUGUCCAUAAUGAGACUAGCUUAAGUCUUAGAAUUGGAGCAGUUAAUCAUCAUCUCAGUGCCUAUUCCCUUGCGGGCUAUGGUUUAAACGAUGCAUUUGACAAGUCUGUUGCCCAUAUCUUAAAGAAGCCUUCUAGUGCUGAUCUAGUUAGUGGUAACAUAGAAAUUAGACACCCUUGCCUGCAGUCUGGCUAUAAAGAGCAAUACAUCUGUUCUCAGUGUUUUUCUAAACAACAAGAUGGAGCAAGUCCUGUUAUCAGAGGAAGAAAUUUGGGUAACCGAGUCAAGUCAGGACUUCCUGUGCAGCUUAUUGGUGCCCCAAAUUGGGAAGAAUGCAGUGCACUUGCCAAAAUUGCUGUUAAUUUGUCUGAAUGGUCUAAUCAAGAUCCUGGAAUUGAUUGUGAUUUGCAACCUUGCGCUCUUGCUCCAAAUCUCCCACGUCCUUAUGGUCACUUCUAUGGUAUGUCGGGCUUUUUUGUGGUUUAUCGGUUCUUUAAUCUGACUUCAGAAGCUGCACUUGAUGAUGUUUUGGAAAAGGGUCGAGAAUUCUGUGAAAAGAAUUGGGAAAUUGCAAAGAACAGUGUUCCUCCACAGCCUUUUAUUGAACAAUACUGUUUCAGGGCACCAUAUAUAGUGUUACUGUUGAGAGAGGGCUUACACAUCACAGAGAACCAAAUUAUCAUUGGUUCUGGAAGUAUUACUUGGACGCUUGGGGUUGCCCUGUUGGAAGCUGGGAAAGCAUUUUCAACUAGAUUGAACCUACAUGACUAUGAAGUACUCCAGAUGAAGAUACAUCCAGUGGUUCUUAUUACCAUUUUGCUUAUAUCAUUGAUUUUACUUGUUUGGGCAUUAUCAUGUUAUGGCAAUUGGAUGCCAAGAUUUUUCUGGAGACCAUAUUUCUUGCUUUUCAGGAAUAACAGUACAUCUGCCACAUCUGUUCUUAGCAUCCAGUCUCCUUUUCGAUUCCGACGUUGGAGUCCUAUCAGUUCUGGGGAUGGACGUGUAAAGAUGCCACUGAGUCCAACAGUUGCAGGUAGUCAGCAAAGAUCAUUUGGCUUGGGAGAUAGUCUAGGUGAUAGUGGCAUCCAGCUCAUGGAAUCUUCCCUACACCCAUCCACUAACAGUGUUUCACACAGUUAUUCCUCGAGUAGCUUAGGACAAAUGAUUGACAGCAGUAGCAUGGGUUCCUUCUGGACCCCACAUAGAGGUCAGAUGCGACUUCAAAGCAGGAGAUCACAAUCCCGAGAAGACCUCAAUUCUUCAUUGGCUGAUGCACACAUGACAAAGGUUUAGAGCAUAAUGUUUGGAAGGAAUCUAGGUUUCUUUUUACACACUCCAAAGAGAUGUACCUGUUUAAAAUGAGAAUGCAUGUAGAAAGGAGGUCACCUUAUUUCAGACAAAUGAAGGAAUUUUAUGAAGGAAGAGAGAGAGAACACAAAAAGGAGGAUAAGAUGUGUAACAUCUUCCAUAGGGAAAAGCAAAAAUAAUAAAAAUGUUGUUUCCAUUUUUGCUGAAUAUCAGUGAAAGAAACCCCUUUGGAAUUCUCCGUUGGAUGGUCUGAAACUUUCUAAAGGGUGUGGACUAAUCCAUUCAAUACCAAAGAACACGUGCACGAGCUCACACGUAGCAGGAGGCAAUACUUUAUACUUUAUUUUUCUGCUUAUUUACCAAAAUCGUCAUUAGUGUUUUUUUUAUUAAGGACUGUGAGUCAAAUAAAUAUUUUGAUGCUAAAAAAGACAUCAGCUUUCUGAUUUUUAUUGGUCAGUUCUACACACUUAGACCGGAAUCAAUGUUCUGGUAAUUUUCAUAAUCACAACGCAUUAAUAAAGUCCACAAUUUUAAUUCCUUCAAUUUUUCCCUCAGGGUAGCAAGGAGGCUUGGUCUAGAAGGUUCACAGAAAUUUUCAUGCUACUCUUUUCUGACAUAUUCACUCCAAUCCCUUCCUUUUAACCAAUAAAAAAUGGAAAGCUGAGCGUCAGAACAUUUAUUUGGCUCACAGUCUUUAAUAAGAAAAACAUUAAUGAUGAUUUUGGUAGAUAAGCAGAAAUAUAAAGUAUUGCCUCUUGCUGUGUGUGAGCACUUGCAUGUGUUCUAUGGUAACAUCCAUUAGAAAGUUUCAGACCAUCUAAUGGAAAAUUCCAAAGGGGUUACUUGAGCUAGGUGGUUAAAUACAUUUCGUUGCUUUUUCUUGGGCAUCAGUUGUGUAAAGUUUUUUGUUUUUCUUUAUUUUUUUUUAAUAUUUUGUUUUUGAUCAGUUGCCUGUUGCCACUGAGGUAUUUAGAGAUUUAAUUUGUGUGA